AUGAAACAGCGCUGGGAGAAGCCCAGAACUAAAAGCUGUGGUGGGAUCACGGUGAACACUGGAGGAGCUUCAGGCUAGCACCUCCGUGCACGUGUUCUGUGAGCGUAGCGGCGUGACAACUGCUCCCAGCACCCAUUUCAGGACUUUUAGACCCAGCUCUGGGACAGCAGCGCUGGCCCUUUAAAUGGCGGAGGGGGCGGAUCCGCAGCUCGGCUAUCGGCUGCCUCUGCCUGCGCGCCACCUCCCGCCCUCGGUGCACCCUGGCAGCGGAUUGGUCAGCGGCGCAGCGGGAGAGCACUUCCGCUUCCGGGUGGCGGGGCAGCCUGUCGCUAGGGUGGCGCUGUUGCUAGGGGAGGACUAGGCCGCCGCCAUGGCGGGGAGCCGCAUGCAAAAGACCGGAAGCGUGUUUAGCCGGACCCGCAACUUGCUGCGUAUCGGCGUCAUCCAGAAGCCGCUGUGGUUCGACGUGUACGCCGCCUUCCCCCCGGUCCGCGAGCCCCUGUACCGCGUGCCCCGGCCGCACUACGGCAAGGUGAAGGACGUCGUGCCGCCCAUCUUCUACCGGGAGGACGAAGUGCGAGCGAAAUUUUAUAGAAUUUAUGGCAGUGGUCCCAAACCUUUUGAUCUAUCACAACCAAACUACAAAUCUACUUGCCAAAGGUUUGUUGAGAAAUACAAUGAAUUGAAAGAAGAGGGAAAAAUCGAAGAGGAAAACCUGUUUGAAGAAACAGGAAAAGCCCUUUUGGCCAGUGGGAUAACUCUGCAGAGAAGAGGAACAGAUAAAGUAGCACAACAGGAUCAUCAGGAUGCGGAAACCAGGGAUUCUGUACUACGUCUGCAACUUCAAACCGUGUUGGAAGAGUUGCAGGAGAAGAAGGAGAGUCAGGAGGAGCAGAGACCAGAACUGAGAGAAACACAGAAGGAAAAUCCUUCGUCCUAACAGCUGCGCUCUUGUCUUGGCACAUCCUGCAGCUUGGCAUUGUGUGCCCACGGCACUCACCAGCUCAGGAGCCAGCAUUUCCAUCUGCACAGCCUGGCAGUCGUAAGGAAUGUUCUGAAGGAGGGUAUGGCUCAGUCUUCUGGCUGCGGUGCCUCCCUGUGAUUGUGUGUGUGACACACAUCCUUGUGUCUUUCCAUCUCCCCACUUAGGAAGUGGGAGAUGAUCCUCUUCUUUUGAGGAACGUUGUCUUGACAUUUUCAAUAAUGUUGUCGCAGCUUUUGAGAUGGAAAAUAGAGUGGAAAAUUAAACGUUUCCUUUAAAAUGGGAA